AUGGCCGGCAGUCUGCUUCAUUCGAUAUGCGAUAGGAAGAGGCAUCCCUUGCCACUUGCCGGUGUGCUUUUUUACUGGAGAGAUCCAAUCCUCCGAUCUCCAUCCGUCCCCCUCCCCGGGAUAGUUUCGGUUGCCCUUGGCUCUACUCCGAUCUCCGUCCUCCGCUCCCCCCUCUCUCGAGAUUUUAAGAUGUCGGAGGGUUCACAGGUGAGGCCAUCUCCUCCACCUGAGCCGCCGGACCCGCCAGAUUUAUCUCUUGCACUAUCGCGUGCGUUCAGCCUUUUCAUCCUCCACCACCGUCUUGCUCAGUCGGCAACCUCACUAGAUCAAAACGACACCGGAUCUAGAUGGUUUCCACGAUGCAUCGAUGACGGUUGCCCAAGCCACUACCAUCUCCUAGUUACCGAUCUGCACCGAUGGCCGUUGGCAUAG